AUGGCUACUGCAUCAAAAUCAAAAGGAAAAGCAAAAGUAGGGCUUGUCUCUUGGUCCAACAAUGAGACUGCUAUACUAGUUAGGUUCAUGGUAGAUAAUGUAAGGUCUGACAACAAGAGUGAGGCAACCUUUAACAAGAAUGGGUGGGAUGACAUUCAUACCUGGUUAGAAGCCACGCUUGGUAGGGUGUUCGAUAGGGAACAGAUAAGGAACAAGUUCAACAAGAUGAGGAUAGAAUACGGAAGCUUCAAAUCAUUGCUUCAAAUGACAGGGUCAAUUCUGAAUGAAAAAAGUUUAGGCAUCAAGGGCUUGUCACAUUGGCAUGAUCUUCAAAUUAUAUUUGGAGAUUCUUAUACCCGUGGAGAUGGUGGAGUAGAUAACACGCAAGACUGGGUGACAACUGGGCUUGAAGAUCUAGAGGUUGAUGAGGAAAUUCCUACACCACUCCACAACACACCAACAGGUCUAGAUAAUUUAGGAGACAAUGAGGUUGAGGAAGGGAUCCAUACUUCAACCCAUAACCAAGAUAGGACUCCAACAGCUAAACAAAAGUGGAGUGUUAGCAAUAAUCUCUCAAUUGCUUUGGGAUAUGUUGGGAAGUUGUGUCAGAUAAAGAUAGAGAAGGCAGCUGCAAGUACUGAAGCUACUUCCACAGUUUCAGGCUUUGGCACAUCAACUUCCAUCGACACUAGUAUAUUGGGUGUACACAUGUCCUAG